GCAGAGUGCCUCUCCGUCGGAAGAAUCCGCCCUCGAUUGGAGCUCGGUUUAUGACUGACGACGCCACUGCUGCCUCUACCGAUAGAGGCCACACUUGUGCAUCACGAAACCCCGUUGGAGCCUCUGUCAGUGAUCUUCGGUUGGAGCCUGGGUUGAUUCUAUUGAUUAUUCAAAAUUUGCAGUGUUCUUUGAGGCUUCUAUGGAGUUCGGUCAGUGAUCCUCUACUGGUCUCACAGUCAUUGUAGACUGUUUUUCUGUGAUUAUUGCUUGAAGUCUUUAGUUUGCUGGUCUGGAUAAUGCUAGCUGAAGGGAUUUUUUAACUUGUUUCGUUUAGUAUUCUUUGUUCAUACUAGAGUUUUCUGAGCCUGUCGGUAUUGGAAAACCUAGGUGAUCCAAGUGAAGGAUUUCUGCUAGAUUGGUUUUGCCUGAUUUGAUUGAAUUGGGUUUCUUCGGGUUUAUCAAUUCUGAGAGAAUACGACUAUACUUACUUCGUUUGCUAAGGGGAAGACCUUUUCUAGUAUCGAAUUGUGCUCUGGAUCCCGAAUAAUUUGGCGCUUGAGGAAAACUGGGACGUGUGGAUGUUGAUCAAAUAUCAAUAGAACGUCUUCUAGGGGUUCACUUGUAAGACAGAGUCCAUGCCCAAAAUUUCCAACCCAACUCUUCCACUCUUCUCCACAGCAACUUAUCAAAGAUUUCUUCUUCUCAGCCCACAUUCAAAACACAUUUCAUCAUCGUUAUCACCAUCAUGGUCGUCAUCAUCAUUUCCUGUCCCAACCCAACAGCAAAUUGCCCAUUUAAUUUUAGAGCAAAAAUCCGUCUCCCAAGCCCUCCAAACCUUCAGAUGGGCCUCCAAACUCCCCAAAUUUACCCACUCCCAAUCCACCUACCGGGCUUUGAUCCACAAGCUCUGUGUUUUCCAUCGUUUGGAUAUUGUGAAGGAACUGCUCUGUGAAAUGCCCGAAUCCAUCGGUUCACCCCCUGAUGAAGACAUUUUCAUUACCAUCAUCCGUGGUCUAGGGCGGGCAGGUAUGGUUAAGCCAGUGAUCAAAGUUGUUGACUUGGUUUCAUGGUUUGAAAAUAAACCGUCUCUGAAGAUUUUCAAUUCAAUACUUGACGUUCUUGUUGGGGAAAAUGUUGACUUGGCUAGAGAGUUUUAUCGGAAACGAAUGAUGGGUAGCGGUGUCCAGGGUGAUGAUUAUACUUUUGGGAUCUUAAUGAAAGGGCUUUGCUCGACCAAUAGGAUUGGUGAUGGUUUCAGUCUAUUGCAAGCAAUGAAGUCUGGGGGAAUUACACCAACUACCGUGAUUUAUAACACAUUGCUUCAUGCACUUUGCAGGAAAGGCAAAGCUGGGCGAGCAAGGAGUUUGAUGAAUGAAAUGGAAGAGCCCAACGAUGUGACUUUUAAUAUAUUAAUUUCUGGUUACUGUAAAGAAGAAAAUUUGGUUCAAGCUCUUGUUCUUUUAGAGAAGUGCUUCAAUUUGGGUUUAGUGCCGGAUGUUGUCACAGUGACAAAGGUGCUGGAAGUUCUCUGCAACGCUGGUCGUGUAGCUGAGGCUGUUGAGAUUGUGGAGAGAUUUGAGAGUAAAGGCGGUAUGACUGACAUUGUGGCUUAUAAUACUUUGAUAAGGGGUUUUUGUAGAUUACUAAAAGUGAAAGUUGGGUAUCGCUUACUGAAGCAGAUGGAGAGGAAAGGCUGCCUUCCAAAUAUAGACACAUACAACAUUUUGAUCGCUUCUUGUUGUGAGUCUGGGAUGUUGUAUUUGGCUCUUGAUCUGUUUAAUGAGAUGAAAACAGUAGGGAUCGGCUGGAACUUUGUUACGUAUGAUACACUUAUUAAAGGUUUAUGUUCAGGAGGAAGAAUGGAAGAUGGGUUUAAGAUUUUGGAACUGAUGGAGGAGAGCAAGGGGGGAUCUGGGGGUCGUAUUAGCCCUUAUAAUAGUGUGUUAUAUGGUCUUUAUAAGGAAAGUCAAUUGGAUGAGGCCCUCACUUUUCUGACCAAUAUGGGGAAGUUAUAUCCUAGAGCUGUUGAUAGGAGCUUGAGGAUUUUAAGCUUUUGUGCAGAUGGCGCUAUCGAGGAUGCAAAGAAGGUUUUUUAUCAGCUGCUUGGAGAAGGGGGAGUUCCAAGUGUCCUUGUUUAUGACCAUUUAAUCCACGGUUUUUGCCAAGAAGGAUGUGUGCGUGAAGCUUUUCAGCUGGUGAAUGAGAUGGUUGGUCUUGGUUAUUUUCCACUUGCAACAACAUUCAAUGCUCUGAUCGGUGGUUUUUGCAGGCAAGGAAAAGUUAGUAGUGCUUUAAAGCUCAUAGCAGACAUGAUUGGGAGGGGUUGCAUACCUGAUAUAAGAAGUUAUAAUCCCUUGCUCAGUGCUCUUUGCAGGAAGGGAGAUUUUCAAAAGGCUUUGGAGCUCGUUUCACAAAUGGUAGAAAGGGGAAUUGUUCCUGAUCAUUCUUCAUGGAACUCACUGCUUCUUUGCCUAUGUCAAGAAACAUCGUGGAUAGAAAGCAAGAACAUGUUCCAAGUAACGUAUCUAUUAAAGCAGAUUGCUGAGUCUUGAAUUAACUUGUGUUACUGAGAUUAUAGAUAAAGUGUAACACUUGGCAUUACCUAAAUGGUAAAUAAAGGUUUUCCCAUAUUCUCCAA